UGCCACCAGCCGGAGGAGGAGGCGGUCUGUGGCUCACCCCGGAUAGGCCCGCCCGGCAGCGUGGCCAACCCACGAGGAAGUCCUUGGGGGCCGCGCUCAAGGAGAGGGGCGUCACCUCCAGCACCGGACCCCAAAAGCGCCGGAACUGCAAGCGCCCCAGAAGGCAGGUGGGGCCUUAGCUCGAUCCGGAGGAAGCCCCGUCUUGCAACCCGCCGGGAGGGACCAGUUUUACGCGUCAGGGGCCAGCCCUGCUUGCAGGAUGCCUCGUCGGAGCACGGCGCUUCACCUCGUGGCCGGCGGAUUUGGCGGCACAGCCGGGGCCAUCCUGACCUGCCCGUUGGAAGUGGUGAAGACCCGCCUGCAGUCUUCCUCCUGGGCCCUGAAGCCCUUUUGUUUGCCUGCAGUCCAGCUGCAGGGGCUGAACGGGACAUUGGUCCGCCCUGAGCUGCCUUCGAUAGGAGUCCUUCGGCUGUUAAGAACCAUGCUGGAGAAGGAAGGCGUCCGUUCCCUCUUCCGUGGCCUUGGACCUAAUCUGAUUGGGGUUGCCCCUUCGAGGGCUAUAUAUUUUGCUGCUUAUUCAGGAGCUAAGGAGAAAUUCAACACCAUAUUUGCGCCAGAGUCCAAGAAAGUUCAUAUGCUUUCAGCAGCCUGUGCAGGGGUGACGUCUUCCACCUUGACCAGUCCCAUCUGGGUGGUAAAGACCAGAAUGCAGCUGGAAUCCAGAGCCAAGGGCGAGAAACACACUAGCGGCCUUCAGUGUGCUAUGCGCAUUUAUUACACUGAGGGCCUGCGAGGCUUUUACCGUGGGAUUACAGCCUCCUACGCGGGUGUCUCCGAAACCAUAAUCCAUUUUGUUAUCUACGAGGCACUGAAACAGCGGCUCCGAGAGCAUCAGCAAUUCCUGUCUCCAACCCUUCCCUUUUCACCCAGCAGCCAGGACUUCUGUGGGCUGAUGGCAGCAGCUGCCCUCUCCAAAACGUGCGCCUCCUGCCUUGCCUACCCACAUGAGGUCAUCCGGACCAGGCUGCGAGAGGAAGGCUGCCGUUACCGCUCUUUUCUCCAAACGUUCCAACUUGUGGUCAGAGAAGAGGGUCCCUCGGCUCUUUACCGUGGGCUGUUGCCCCAUCUGAUUCGCCAGAUUCCCAACGCGGCCAUUGUCAUGGUUACCUAUGAGCUGAUCAUUCACUUGGCAACAAAAAUGUGACUCCUGCCUGACCGUUGCUCAGUGCGCGUGGGUGUGGGUGUAUGCCUUUAUAUAACAGGCGCAUUUCCCCACUCCGUUGUUGUGCACCAGCCACAGCAAAAGGACUGGCACAUACUAGCCCGUUGGCAACACUUUGUCCUCAGGACUCAAUAACAGGUGAAGGUCUUUAACUCUGCUGAGUCUUAAGAUAUCAGCAGAUGAUGGAAGGAUCAGAGAGGUUGUUGGAAAAAUCUAGACCUGUCAAACAGAAGCGGCAGCACAGAAACGUGUACCUCAGGAAGCUACCAGAACUCCUGUUUUGCAGGCAGAUGGUUUUUCUAGUUGCCCCAGCAGGCCAGGCUCCAGCAUGCUGGUAGGGCAACGCAAGUGUCACACUCCACUUCCCCUGGGGCCUGAGCCAAGUGGGCCAGCUGGCCAAGAAGAGGCAGAGUUGGUUAAGGAAAACAGUGGAAAAUUCUGGUGGGAGCAAAUGCUGCAUCACAUGUUAUGCCACAGAGUAGAUCUCUUCUCCACCUGCCUUACUGUGUGAUCAGAGCCUGGGUUUUACAAAAAAAAAAACCCAAUGAGGUUCCCCUGCCUCUCCUUUGAUGUUGACUUGCUGCAGCAGGCCACUUGCCGUCCUCCAAAGGCAAGCAGGACAUCUUCUACUCCUUGAUCCAAACAUGUCUCCUUCCUGCUUGGGGUGUGAGACCCAGCGCAGCGUGUGGCUGGAAGUUCUACUGGGUGUUGAGAAAAUCUGGGUUCCAGGACCCUAGUGAUCCAUGAAACUCACCGGCUGAUUUGAGUCCCAGGGUUGCCAGAAGGACAAAUAUGGAGAAGAAAACCAUGUAUGCCGCUUUGAACUCCUUUAGAGAAAAAGUAGACUAUAAAUGUGACAAAGAAAUAAGCAAAGUAGAGAAGCUGAGCAUAGCCAAGACAUCUCUCUCCUUGCGGGGAACUGUGUUAGCACUUGCUUUCUGCAGCCUUGGCUACCCAGGUUCACUUGCAGGUCUUGCUUCCCUAAUAGAGGAAGUUAAGGAUCAAUUAGGGGGCGGGGCAGUAAUAUCCAGGCAGCUGCUAAGGGAUGGUUUCCUAAGAGAAGGGAGGUUGCUCUGUGCCGUGAUCUGGAGAGCAGCCUGAAGCUGGCAUCCACUGUGCCUUUUGUUAUAAAGGUCUGUGCAUGGGUUUCCAGCUUCCUAUGAUGCAAAGCAGUAAUGAUUUGACAGUGGAUACAGUGCAACUCUUUUUGUUGGAAGUUCUAAAAGUAUUCAUAAUUUAUUAAUAAAACACCAAAGCAUAAA